AAAAAAAAAAUAAAAAAUAAAAUAAUAAUAAAUAAACAUGCCUUCUUCUGUUAGAACAAAUUAUCGUAGUACUCAAAUACUUAACGAAUAUCGUAAACAAGUAAAUGAACUGGUUGAGCAUACAUUAAUCCAAGAUAAACUAACGGUAGAAUUUAAUAAUAGAAAAAUCCAUGCAUUAUGGACGGAUUUCGAAUCAGGAAAUUUGCCGACUAAAGUUAUAUCCGCUUCUCAUUGUACAAAUGGAUUUGCAGCAGCAAUAUUACAAGCUUAUUCAUCAAAUCAACAUUUAUUUCUAAAACCAGAUGACGUAUGGUUAAUUAUCGCUCAAGGAAUUUCUCAACAUAUUAAUAAUAAUUCGGAAAAAUAUAGACCGAUUAUUGUAAAUCAUCAAGGUCAAAAAAGGGUGGAAAUCUAUGGAGGAGAUUUAUUAUAUGAUAAUGAGGAAAAUCAUUGGAUUAAAUUAUUUGGUAGAUUAAACCUUGCAAUGAAAGAACUUAUUACUAUAAAAGAUUUAUUAUCUUGUAAUUUUUCUACUAGUACAAAUUCUAGUAAAAUUUCAAGUGAUUUAGUAUUAUUGAAUUCCGUUCAUUCUAAUUCAACUUAUGAAACCAUUAAAAAUUCUUCAGAUAUAUGUGGUAUUCAUAAAAUAACUCUUGACGGUACAUUAGAUGAUUGGUUAAAAAUUCAAGAAAAAGUCAUUACAUUAAAAAAGUUAUCUUUAGAUUUAGAUUUUUGGUUAGAUAGAUUAGAACCUGUACUUAAUCAAUUCAUUUCAACUUAUAAAGGUGAUAUUGAUUUAAAUUUUUGGAAUACUAUAGCUACUGAGAUAAAUUUUGGUCAAGAAGGUGAUAAUAAUAUAGAUUUAAAAGGUAAUAAUGUUACAUUAACGGGCUGGAUACCCGCUUUUUUUCCGUAUGCUAAAGGUAAUAAACCUUUAGAUGGUAAUUGUAUUAAAGUACUUGAUAUUCCUGACGGUAAAAUUUCAAUUCCAUUUGUUGAUUCAAAUAAUUCUCCUAAUAUUAAAAUAGUUUCAGGUUUUUUUGGUACAAAGCAAGAAAUUCAUUUAGAAAAUGAUGAAAUAAUCGUUUCCCCUGUUAUUGGUUGGGCAAUUACAGAUUUAUAAAUAGCAUAUAACAUUUGAAUUUAUAUAUAUAGCAUAUAGAAUUUCUUUUUUUUCUUUUUUUUAUUAUAUAUAACUUAUAUAACUUAUAUAAAACCGUAUUUAUUUUUGUAAAUUACAAUU